AUGAGUUCAGCAGCAGCGGCGAGCAAAGCCUGGAUGGUGGCGGCGAGCAUCGGGGCGGUGGAGGCACUUAAAGAUCAAGGGAUAUGCCGAUGGAAUCACGCCAUGAGAUCAAUCCACCACCACGCCAACUCCAAACUCAGGUCCCUCGUCUCCGCUAGAAACCUUUCCCCUGCUUCAUCCUCUGCUUCAGCUGGGGAGAUGGCGAACAUCGGUGGAGCUCUGAAGAAAACAGAGUCCUCUUUCGACAGGGUAAUGGGGUUAAGCUGUUAUGGUCCCACCACCACCAGAUUCUGA